CAAGGAGAAAUGUACAAGGUGGGCUAUUGCUAGCCAAACAGGCCCAAAGCCAUACGGCAGGAAAGAGACUCCUUAAAACAUAAAGCGACCCAAGGCUGAACAAGCCAUCGGUAGCGAAAGAAUAUUUUUGUCUUGGUCAAAGAGUCUGUAUGGUAAGAUAUAUACUUACGUAAGGAAAAGAUAAAGGUACAGCUGUAAACAAUGGUAUACAGCUGUAAGCAUUAAAGUUUUUAAAAGUCCUAAAGUCUGCAUUCAUUCACAUCACAGCGAGGUGGCAUCAUCUGGGCCCUUAUUAAUCAAUUGCGUGCAAUCAUGCUCCACCAGAUAUAAAAAAUUGCGCAAAUAUAGCGCGUGGUGUCACACAGUUGUCUUCAACCUUUCUUUUCAAGGACGACGCUGCUGGUUUCUAACCUGACCUCCAUUUUUGACGUAGAGAGCUUUCUAUCAGCCUGAAUAGCAGUUGAUUUUACAAAUAAAACAUGGAAAAACUUCUCAUCCUUCACAAGCAUCAACCCGUACAUCCUUUUGGGUGUUUUAAUCAUCAGCCAUGCCCGGUUGAAAAGUGACGAGUCCGACUCAUAUCCCCUGUCCGCGUCGUGUCGUGUUGACAACUUGACACGGACAUUUUGUCCGACGAAGGCGAGUCCAGCUUGAUAAAUGGGAAUAUUAUAUGGAGGACCGGAUUAGUGAAUUGUCAGAUGAAAUACUUGAGAAUAUAUUGUCCCUCUUGACAAUGAAAGAAGCAGCAAGAACAAGUGUCCUUUCGCACAGGUGGGAAAAUCUUUGGAAAUUUUUUACUGGUAGUCUGGACUUCGUUAUUCCAAAUAAAUCAGUGGGCUUGAAACAAAGAAAAGUAUCAAGUAUUAUUGGAAGGCCUAGGUACAUAAAUUGGGUGAACCAAGUACUAAAUUCACAUCGUGGGCAAACUAUAGAUGAACUCAAAAUUUGUUUUGAUUUGGAGGAUAGCCAUGAUGGACGUUUUUUUGAUAGAUGGAUAAACUUUGCAAUAGAGAAGAGAGUUCGAAUGCUUGAGUUGGACUUGUCAAGACAGUACUUGUAUUCUCAGUUAGGUUAUACUUAUGCUUUUCCGUUUUGGUUGUUGAACUUGCCUCUUGGUUUUUCGAGCUUUGAUACCCUAACUUCCCUCUGCUUAACUUGUGUCAAUAUAACUGGUGAAGGUGUUGCAUACUUCUUAUCGAGUUGCCCAUUGCUUGAGCAUUUAUCCUUGCGACUCUCAUUAUCUUUAGUUAAUUUAAAAGUUGCUGGUACUUCACUCAAGUUGAAGCACUUGGAAAUUGCCUCCUGUACAAAUUUAAAAGAUAUUGAGAUUUCAGCAAUAAAUCUCGUGUCAUUUAAAUACUUUGGGCCAAAGAUAAGCAUGUCUUUUCAGAAAGUUCCCUUGCUUGCUGAGGUAUCUAUCCGGGGACAUUAUUGUGAUAUUUUAGUUUCUGAAUAUAAAAAACCUACAUUCUAUCUCUCUCAAUUAGAAAAGCUUAUACUGGAGCUGGAUUGUCAAAAUACAGAGAUAUACAUGUGCGAAGGGGGAUUUUUUCCUAAAUUUAGUAAUCUCAAGGAAUUGGAAAUAAAAGUUUGGGUUUUCAAUGACCAGUGCAUCCUUUUACUCAAUUCUUUGAUAAAUGGGUCUCCUUGCUUGUAUAGAUUUUUGUUGGAGGUUACAUUCAGAGGUCCUGCACCUUCAUGGGCAAAGUUUAAUUGGGAAAGGGAGAUAAUGCACAGCCAGGUGAGACAGGUUACAGAAUCUGCCCAUCAAUGCCUCAAGGUGGUGGAAUUUACACGUUGGGUUGGCCUCGAAGCUGAUGUUGAGCUUGCUAUGUGCCUACUUGAGAGUGUUGUUUCACUUGAAAAGAUGAUUAUUGAUGCUCGCAAUCCAAGUUUUAUGGGAGGUUUGGGUCUUGGUUUUAUGGAAGAUUGGGAUUUUCAAGAGCUGGAGACAACAAAUGGGAAGGCAGCCGCUAGAGAGCGUGCCAGGCAGCUGGAAGCAAAACUACCUCCGCAUGCUGAAUUAGUUAUACUUUGAUAACAACUAGUGAAAAAUUAUAUAUUUCUGUUGAGUCCAAGUGUUGUGAUGGGCACAGCCCCUGGCGGGACACGCUACUUUUAUGGGCCCCACCAAGGGAAUGUUGGUGCUCAUAUUGGACCCAUAAUUUGUUAUCAUUAAACACUUGUGGAGCCUUCUGCUUAAAUAAACACUUGCAGAGCCUUGUGUUAUUAUAAGAAUGAUUAGGGAUUGUGAUAAAUAUUUUGUCAAAUCAAUGUGACAGUUUUGAUUAAUUUAAUUAUAUUGGCAGUGGUUGUUUAGUAAAA